AACUGAAACAUGAGUUAGAGCCGAGAGAAUGAGAGAACAACUAUCGGGAAAAUUUCAACAUUACAUUGGACCUGACAGUCCUUUCGUUUUUAAUAUCUGUUUUUACAGGUGUUUUAUAACAAAUAAUAUGGCUACGUCCUCCAGCGCAGAACUGAGUAAGGCUGUCAAACAGCAGUACAUGGACCUCCCUCAGGGAGACAAAGUCCAAAUCAUGUAUGUCUGGAUCGAUGGAACCGGAGAGGGACUCCGCUGUAAGACCAGAACACUGGAUUCGGAGCCCAAGUGCAUCGAAGAACUGCCUGAAUGGAACUUUGAUGGCUCGAGCACCUACCAGUCUGAGGGAUCAAACAGUGAUAUGUAUUUGAUUCCUUCUGCAAUGUUCAGAGAUCCUUUCCGCAAAGACCCCAACAAACUGGUCCUGUGUGAAGUGCUGAAGUACAACCGCAAACCUGCAGAAACCAACCUUCGUUUGACGUGUAAUAAAGUUAUGGACAUGGUUGAGAACCAGGUCCCUUGGUUUGGCAUGGAGCAAGAGUACACCAUUUUGGGCACUGAUGGACACCCAUUUGGCUGGCCCAACAACGGCUUCCCUGGCCCACAAGGUCCCUAUUACUGUGGAGUGGGAUCUGACAAGGCCUACGGUAGAGAUAUUGUGGAAGCCCACUACAGAGCCUGCCUGUAUGCUGGGGUCAUGAUCUGUGGAACCAAUGCUGAAGUCAUGCCUGCACAGUGGGAGUUCCAGGUUGGCCCUUGUGAAGGCAUCAGCAUGGGUGAUCACCUUUGGGCAGCUAGGUUCAUUCUCCACCGGGUGUGUGAGGACUUUGGUGUGGUGGCCUCAUUUGACCCCAAGCCCAUCCCUGGAAACUGGAACGGCGCUGGAUGCCACACCAAUUUCAGCACAAAAGAGAUGAGGGAAGAGGGUGGGUUGAAGGCCAUUGAGGAGUCCAUUGAAAGGCUGGGGAAGAGGCAUGGCUACCACAUCCGUGCCUAUGACCCUAAAGGGGGACUUGACAAUGCCCGUCGCCUUACCGGCCACCAUGAAACCUCCAACAUCCACGAGUUCUCUGCCGGUGUGGCCAACCGCGGUGCCAGCAUCCGCAUCCCUCGCACUGUGGGCCAGGAGAAGAAGGGCUACUUCGAGGACCGCCGCCCAUCUGCCAACUGUGACCCGUACGCCGUGACUGAGGCUAUAAUCCGCACCUGUUUGCUUAGCGAGGAAGGAGAUGAACCUGUGAACUACUAGAUCUAACUAGAGCCACACCUCUGGACUGAAUCCCCUUCGCCACCACCCUUCUCCAUUCUCAUUUUCUAAAUGGCUGAAAAGUCAAACUAGUUCUGUAUUUGUUAUUUUUCACUGAAAUUAUUCUAACCUUCUAAAUGGCUUAAAGUUGGCUGGUCAACUUAACACGGAAUUAAAUCUGUUUAACAUAAAAACAAACAUUUAAUGAAAGCUGGUGGCUGACAGGGCAUUGUCUUCCCCUUUCGAGUCUUCUUGUGGGGAGUAUAACAGUUUUUAAAUCCCCAUUUGCUCUCGCGUUUCCUGCAGUCUGUCAAACUGAAAUAAACUAAAGCACAUGUGGACACUGACGACUAUGGCUGGGCGGCAUGUGUAAUUGUCUUAAUAAAACCUAUGGCUAGUUUGUGUACUUUAUGCAUGUUGACCUGGAUUUUUUUUUAAACUCUGUACCACUUUAUUUCAAUGUUACUAUGUAGGGAGUUUUUAAAUGUCAACUUUCAGAUUUUACACUACUGGAUCAGAUUUUACACUACUGGAUCAUGUUGUAUGGUACAUUCUUCAGACGUGUGGCUCCAAAUCCUGUCUUAUCCAUUUGUGGAGUUCCUGUGAGACUCAUGAAGGAGUUUUAUCCUUUCUCAACUGCUUUCUUGUUCUGGCACAUGAUUUGGUAAAACCUGAAUAUGCUGAACUUUGUUUUUAUUUAAACUUUACUUUUUACCA